AUGGCCCCCAACUCCCAUCCCGGCGGCGGACAAUGGGUGAAAUGUCGCACGUGGCUUCGAGCGCACCCGGGCACUGCAACUUCAAAUCGCAUCCCCGUUCAUCUCGUCCCAUCUUACGGAUACGCCUUCAACAACGACAUCUCUUCAAAAGCAGCCUUUACGGAGUACAACCAUCUUAUCAGAGGCAAUGCGAACAUGUUGGCACUCAAAAAAUACACGAGAACCGCAGAGACUAGUCUGCCCAUCGAAAAGCCUGAUUUAGACUUUGCAACAGGGCUCAAGGCACUAUUGCGCUGCAUCCGCUGA